CCUCUACCCAUCCCUACCCUCAGCCCCUACCCCCAGCCCCUACCCUCAUCCCCUACCCUCAGCCCCUACCCCCAGCCCCUACCCUCAUCCCCUACCCUCAUCCCCACCCUCAGCCCCUACUCCCAGCCCUACCCCUACCCCUCAGCCCCUACCCUCAGCCCCUGCCCCCAGCCCCUACCCUCAGCCCCUACCCUCAGCCCCUGCCCCAGCCCCUACCCCCAGCCCCUACCCUCAGCCCCUGCCCUCAGCCCCUGCCCUCAGCCCCUACCCUCAGCCCUACCCUCAGCCCCUACCCUCAGCCCUACCCCCAGCCCCUACCCCCAGCGCGCUACCCUCAGCCCCUACCCCCAGCCCCUACCCUCAGCCCCUACCCUCAGCCCCCUACCCCAGCCCCCUACCUCAGCCCCUACCCUCAGCCCCUACCCUCAGCCCCUGCCCUCAGCCCCUACCCUCAGCCCCUACCCCCCCCAGCCCUACCCCUACCCUCAGCCCCUACCCCAGCCCCCUACCCCCAACCCCUACCCCUACCCCCAGCCCCUACCCCCAGCCCCUACCCUCAGCCCCUACCUCAGCCCUGCCUCAGCCCCUGCCCCCAGCCCUACCCUCAGCCCUACCCCAGCCCUACCCUCAUCCCCACCCCCAGCCCCUGCCCGUUAUUAA